GAGAAUAGGCCAUAGGCAUGUCAUAAUCCAUCCAUUGAGAGAAUGGGGAAGAAUGGUUUUGUCAACCACCUUGUAAUUCUCUUGAACUUAGCAACUCUCUUCACUUCACUUGCUUGUCCCUACUGCCCAUACCCAACUCCACCCAAACACCAUCAUCCCCCCAAGUUCCCACCUAAACACCCCCCAUUUGUCAAGCCACCGCCGCACACUAAACCACCAAAGCCCCCUGUCGUCAAGCCACCGCCGCACCCUAAGCCACCAAAGCCUCCAGUCGUCCACCCUCCCCCCCACAUUAAGCCACCAAAGCCCCCAGUCAACCCACCCUACGUGCCAAAGCCCCCUGUUAACCCACCCUACGUGCCAAAGCCCCCUGUUAACCCACCCUACGUGCCAAAGCCCCCUGUUAACCCUCCCUACGUGCCAAAGCCACCUCCCAUUGUCCCCAAACCCCCCAUCAUAAACCCACCAUUGCCACCCCCUUACCAUCCAAGUCCCCCCAUUGUCAAUCCACCGCCUACUCCCACCCCGGAGACACCAUGUCCGCCUCCGCCGCCGAAGCAAGAAACGUGCCCCAUUGACACCCUCAAACUGGGCGCAUGCGUUGAUGUCUUGGGUGGCCUGGUGCAUAUUGGGAUCGGCAGUAGUGCAAAGGACACGUGCUGUCCCGUGCUUCAGGGACUGGUGGAUUUGGAUGCUGCCCUUUGUCUCUGCACCACUAUUAAGGCAAAGCUUCUUAAUAUCAGUAUUAUUUUACCCAUUGCUCUUGAAGUUCUCAUUGACUGCGGGAAGUAUCCGCCGCCAGGAUUCAAGUGCCCUGCUUGACUUGAUCGAUCAUCAUUUUGGUAGAACGACUUGAAGAACUCAAGAGAUUAAUCUAUAUAUUUGUAUCUUAAUAAAUGGCUUUUGUGCUUGUUUUGAGGGUGUUUGGAUCAAGUUUCCAGGAAAAAGAAGCUUCAGCUUCCGUGAAUCAUCUUUUUAUUUGUAACUUUGUAGAGUUCAUAUUUCUCUUUUAAACCCAGUUAGACAGAAAAACAUGUUUCAAGGUUUGAUAUUACCAAAAACUGUGUCAUUUUCUUUCUGAUCAUUAUAAAUGAGAAUUUCCUCCUUUGAUUAAUGUAUGGAGUGCGCA